AUGUCAUCGCAAGUCUGGCUCAUCACCGGCGCAUCCAACGGCUUCGGCCUGCUCCUCGCACUCAAGGCCCUCGCCGCACAGCACCGCGUCAUCGGCACCGUCCGCAGCAAGACCAAGUCCGCCGACGCCGUGCGCCAAAUCACCUCGGCCGGCGGACAAGUCAUUGAGCUGGACAUGACAUGCCCGCAAGCGGCCAUCAUUGCCGCAGUCCGAGACGCGGAAAAGCUGCACGGCCAGAUUGAUAUUCUGGUCAACAAUGCCGGCUACUCCAUCCUCGGUGCCAUUGAGCAGUUCAGCGAAGAAGAAGUCAAGCUCCAGUACCAGACCAACGUCUACGGCCCGCUCUUCACCACGCAGGGGGUCCUCCCCGGAAUGCGCGCCCGCGGCGGCGGCUUCAUCGUCAACAUGUCGAGCGGCGCGGGGCAGGACGCCGGCGCCACGCGCGGCCUCUACGGCGCGAGCAAGUUUGCGCUCGAGGGCUUCUCCGAGGCCCUCUCCGCCGAGGUCGCCGAGUUUGGCAUCGCCGUGCUCGUCGUCGAGCCGGGCAUGUUCCGGACCAACUUCUUCCACGCGCUGCAGACGCCCGACGCGCCGCUGCCCGCGGCCUACGGGCCCGGGUCGGCGGUGGGCAUGACGAUGGGCAUGUUCGAGGCGCUGACGGGCACGCAGCGCGGCGAUCCGCAGAGGGCCGUGGACCGCAUCUACGAGGUCGUGACCGGCACAGGGCUCGCGGGGCGGCUGAGGGGAGAGGUGCUGAGGCUGCCGCUGGGGAUGGACGCGGUGGAGCGCAUCGAGGCCAAGCAGAAGCGUGUGCUGGGCGAGGUGGCCGAGGCGAAGAAGCUGGAGGAGCAGCAGAGCACAGCUUUUCCAGCUGAGAAGGACUAG